AUGACGUUAAAGGCUGUCCUUCUCUCUAUACUCGCUGCCCGGUUUGCCUUUGCAUCGCCGGCACCUCCCGCCGGCACAGCCGUCAACACGACAACAUGCAACGGGCAGACCUACGUCUACCAGCAGCUGGCAGGAUACGGAUUCACACCGUCUGACGCGCGCGACAAAUUCGGUGACACAGCCGGAGGCAUUGGAAGCAGUGCAGCCAUCGACCGGAACUCCUGGACCGUGGACAAGGACGGUGUGUACUCGGGCAUUCUCUGGGCUCUUCCCGAUCGCGGCUGGAACACUGAAGGCACGCUCAACUUCCAGCCCAGGGUGCACAAAUUCCACAUCACCUUUCGUCCCAACUACAGAGCGACAGCGCAGAAUCCCAGUCCUCCCAACUUGAAUCUGGACUACCUCGACACCAUCCGCUUCACCGACCCCUUUGGCCAACCUUUGACAGGACUGGACGCCGACGUUCAUGGCCCAUACUUGUCAUUCCCCGGCACUCCAGACCUCCCGUCAGCCACAUACGUAGGCGACGGCUUCGGUCUCAACGGCACGGGCGGGCGGCGCGUGUCGCUAGACUCGGAAGGCCUCGUCCUCGCCGGCGACGGCUCGUUCUGGAUUUCCGACGAGUACGGCCCGUACAUCUACCACUUCAGCGCGGCAGGGCAGAUGAUUUCCGCCAUCCGGCCGCCAGAGGCGCUGAUCCCACGACGCAACGGCACCGACUCAUUCUCCGCCGACAGCCCUCCUCGCUACAACCAAGACAUCCUCACCAUCCCGGCAGAGAACCCAACGGGCCGCCAGAACAACCAAGGUCUCGAGGGUCUCACGGUCUCCCCCGACGGCAAGACGCUGUACGCGCUCAUGCAGUCCGCGCUGGACCAAGACGGCGGUCUGAAAAAGGCGAACCGCCGCAACACACGGUUCCUGCAGUACGACAUCUCCACCGCCACCAGCCCGGUGCUCAAGGCCGAGUACGUCGUCCCGCUGCCUCGUUUCUCCAACAACACAAAAGUCGCCGCGCAGUCCGAAGUCCACUUCAUCAGCCCGACGCAGUUCCUCGUUCUCGCACGCGACUCGGGCGCAGGACACGGCCAGGACUCCAGCUCCUCGGUGUACCGCCACGUCGACGUCUUUGACAUCUCCAACGCCACCAACGUCGCCAACCGCUUCGACUGCGCGAGUUGCGCCGUCGCCUCAAACUCCUCGGGCACCCUCGACCCCGCCAUCGUCCCCGCGACCUAUUGCUCGUGGCUCGACUUCAACGUCAACGGUCAGCUGAACCGCUUCGGACUGCACAAUGGCGGUGACCAGGACGCGGGCCUCUUGAACGAGAAGUGGGAAAGCAUCGCCCUGGUCCCCGUCAAUCCGUCCGGGCCCGAGGACUGCAACAAGCCCGACGGUGCCAAGGCCGACGGGGAGUAUUUCCUGUUCAGUCUCAGUGACAAUGACUUCAUCACUCAGAAUGGCUUUAUGGACGGUGGUAAGCUUCCGUACGCAGAUGAGAGCGGGUACGACCUUGAUAACCAAGUGUUGGUGUUCAGAGUCAAGAUUCCUACAGCUGCUUAG